AUGCCUCCGAAGAAGAAGGAAGUGCAGAAGCUCUCCUAUGGAGAGUUCAUGACUGAUGGCACCUUUGGCGGCUCUUGGGCUGACGAGGUAGAGGAGACCUACGAGUCCGGUACCCAGCCGCUUCCGGCUCCUGAUCGCCGGGGUGCCAGCUCGUACAACAAUAACUCUUCUUAUGCUGACCGGGGCUUCUCGUUCCGCGAGACGGUGCCGCAGCGCAUCCCCGACAAGCCGCCUUUUCUCGCUCAUCUGGGCAAUCUUGAUUACGAGAUCAUGGACGAGGACAUCCGACUGUUUCUUGAAGGCUGCGAAGUCACCAGCGUCCGUCUCAUCGAGGACCGCGAGACCAAGCGCCCCAAGGGCUUUGGCUAUGCCGAGUUCGCCAAUGUGGACGGCUUGAAGAAGGCCCUAGCUCUUGACGGCAGCUCGUUCCGGGGCCGUAGCAUCAAGGUCAAGAUUGCAGACCCGCCCAAGGACCGUGGCGGCUUUUCUUCCGGCGAGUCUACCCGUGAUCUCAGCGAGUGGACGCGCAAGGGUCCCCUGCCAGAUCUCCCGUCUCGCGGCGGCGACCGUCGUUCGGGCCCUGGCGAGUUUGCCGAACGUCGUCCUCCCCGGGAGGCGCCGACUGACGAGAAGAUGCGCGACAUGACAUGGGAGCGCAAGGGCCCGCUGUCACCUCUGGCACAGCAGGAUCACCAGGAGCGGGAGGGCGGCCGCUCCAGAGCGCCUGAGCAGUCGGACGGCUUCCGCAGCAACCGGAAACAGUCGCCUGCAGCCUGGGGCGAGGGCCGUGCAGAGGGAUCCCGGCCUCCUCGCCGCGAGUUCUCGGACCGCCCAGAGAAGGUUGUCACUGCUGCUGAGCGAGACAUGCAGUGGAGAAGCAACAUGCGCCCCGAUGGGCCUAUCAAGUCGCCAGUAGCAUCGCGCAGCGGCAGCGAGGCUCCGUCAUCACCGGCUCCUUCGGCCGCCGUCCCGGCGACACGGCCCAAGCUGAACCUCGCCAAGCGAACCGUUGCGGAGGCUCCCGAGGUGGGCUCUCCGGGAGCGGCCGGUGGCGACGCAAAAUCGAGCCCAUUCGGAGCGGCACGUCCUAUCAACACGGCAGCCCGCGAGCGCGAGAUCGAGGAGAAGCGGCAAGCGUCGGUGAAGGAGAAGAAAGAGGCCGAAGAGAAGACCAAGGAGGACCAGCGCAAGGCCAAGGAGGCGGCCGCACAGGCUGCUGCCGCGGCCAAGAUUGCCGAGGAGGAGGCCAAGGUAGCGGCCAAGGUGGCGGCCGAGGUGGCGGCCGAGGUGGCGGCCGAGGAGGCUGCUGCUAAGGCGGCGGCCGAAGAGGAGGCAGCCAAGGAAGCAGCCAAAGAAGCAGCCAAGGAGGCGCCGGUCGAGGAGAAGGCCGAAGAGGCCGCAAAAGAAGAGAGUGCCGAGACGACGGCGCCAAAUGGUCAGAAGAUCCCGGUGCGCCCGAAAGAGCAGCGCGAGAAUGUACAGAACGUCAAGACGCAGACGCGGGCAGCAGAGAGCGGCAACUGGCGGCAGCCAUCGGCAGAGCACCGCGGCCAUCGUGGUGGACCGGGCGGAAACGGACCUCGUCGAGGCGGCGGAGCGCCAAGAGGUGCGCGACACGAAGGCCCGCGUCCUGUGCGCACAAACGGAGGGUCUGGUGGACCGCCGUCGCAGCCGCCGACACCGAGGAUCGCACACGAAGGAGGCGAGCCCAAGGGACCGGACGAGGAGGGCUGGGAGACGGUCCCGAACAAGGGCCGUCGCAGCCAGAAGCCACGCCAGUAG